AUGAACGGCGGGCAGCAGCGUGUGCAGGCGCCGCGCAGGAUCGGCGAGUACGAGGUGGGCGGAACGCUUGGCGAAGGGACGUUCGCGAAGGUGAAAUACGCGGUGCACGCGACGACGGGCGAGCCCGUGGCGAUGAAAGUGCUGGAUAAGGAGAAGAUCAUUCGGCAUAAAAUGGUGGACCAGAUCAAGCGAGAGAUUUCGGUGAUGAAGCUCGUCCGGCACCCUAAUGUGGUGCGGCUGUAUGAGGUUCUCGCAUCGCGCACCAAAAUCUACAUUAUCCUUGAAUUUGUCACCGGAGGAGAGCUCUUUGACAAGAUUGUGAACAAGGGUCGGCUGGAGGAGGAGGAGGCACGGCGGUAUUUCCAGCAGCUGAUAGACGCAAUGGAUUAUUGCCACAGCAAAGGCGUGGCCCACCGCGACCUCAAGCCAGAGAAUCUUCUGUUGGAUUCCAAGGAUAAUAUCAAGAUCUCGGAUUUCGGCCUCAGCGCCCUGCCUCAGCAAGUCAGAGCGGAUGGGCUGCUGCACACCACAUGUGGCACGCCCAACUACGUUGCUCCCGAGGUGCUGAGUGACAGAGGUUACAACGGAGUGUUAGCAGACAUCUGGUCAUGCGGGGUCAUUCUCUACGUUCUCCUCGCUGGUUUCCUCCCUUUCGACGAGCCCGAUGUGCCUUCUCUCUACAAAAAGAUUCAACGAUCUGAUUUCGGGUUUCCCACAUGGUUCUCAGCAGGGGCAAAGAGGCUGAUCACUGGGAUUUUGCAGCCCAACCCUAAACUGAGGUACCGGUAUCAGGAGAUAAAAAAGGACCCAUGGUUCCGCACCAAUUAUGUUCCCGUGCCGGUGUUUGCCAUUCUCCCCGGCCUCUUUAGGGUGGAGAUGCGGCAUGACUCGGGCGGCUCACAGGAGUCCCUGCAGAUGCGCCAGGCACUACGCGCCAAGCUUCAGGACCUGGUCGCAGCCUCACACACCCCAGACACGGCAAACGAUAAAAGCAGCAAGGGCAAGGGCACGGGGCUUAAGCAAGCCCGCCCGCGCCAGCUUGCUGCUUAUCCCCGUAUGGGGAUCAUUCCACGCGUGUAA